UGUGUGGGGUACAGUUAUCGUGCGUGUGUGCUUGUGUGUAUCUUCCCAAUCAUCAUCAUUAUCAUUGCUGUUUAUUGAUUACUUUUUCUCAAUGAAAAAUAAUAAAAAUAUAAAAAUAACAAAAUAAAAAUAAAAAAAUAUAUAAUAAAUAUAAUUGUGUGCAUGUGUGUUUGUCGUGUGUAUUCGCGUGGAUGUGUGUGUGUGUGUGUGUGUUGUGAUAAAAGACAUUUAAGGUGUGAUUAAGUCCAGUGAUUUUAUUAAUGUUUAUACUAUUAUUAACAGUCUUUUUCAGUAUCUUAAUAAAUACAAAUACUUAUUAAAACAAAGUAUAAUUAAAGAUAUUAUUAAAAUUAGUGUAUCACUCGACAAAUGAUUAAAUUAAUUAUUCAUUCAAAAUAUUGACAUGUUAUUUGAUAAAUAAUUUAUUAUAAAAUUUAUAUAAAUUUUUUUGAUUAGCUCAUUUGCUGAUCUAUAAUUUAUUUAUUUAUAAUAAUAUAUAAAUAUAUAUAUAUUAUAAAAAAAAAAAAACAACACAAGUUUAAUUGUUCUCCAACAAUUUUACCUCCAAGCACAUUCAUCAAGUGUUUGCCUGGGUGUGACAAUGACGAGCCAAUCGUGAUACAUGAAACACGUUUUUCAUUUAUCUGCUAUUCUUAUAAAAUUUAUAUUUUUAUUUUUAACAUUGUGUGUAUUUUAUUAUCAAUUAAAUUACCAACACAAAUGUGUUUAAAUUAUUUUUUACUUUAAAUUAAUUUCAUAUAAAAUAAUAAAAUGAUGAGUAGUUGGACUGAAAGAAUGCAUCGUAGGGCUGCAACCCUUGGUAAUGUUGUCACUAGCUGUGGACAACCAUCAUCAGUACCACCAUAUCCAAGAAGACUUGACAAGGUUAAAUUUGGUGUACCACUUGAUGAAGUAUGCAAAAAUGAUAUACCUGGUCCACUUUUGGUUCUUAUAUUAAAACUUAAUAAAGAAGCACCAUAUAGAAAAGAUGUAUUUCGUGCACCAGGACAUCAAGGAAAUAUGAAAAAAUUAAUUCAUUUUUUACAAACUGGUCGUUUAGUUAAUAUUGAUAAUUUUAGUGUUUACACAAUAGCAAGUGUUUUAAAAAAAUUUUUACGUAAAAUACCUGGUGGUGUUUUUGGUAAAGAAGGUGAACAACAAUUAUUUACAGUUAUACAACUUGAUAAUAUGGAAGAACAAAGAGAUCAAAUACACAGAUUAAUUACAUCAUUACCAAUUUAUACACAAAGAUUAUUGGUAUUAUUAUUUGGUACAUUUAGAGUUGUUGCUGUUAAUAGUGAAAGAGCAAGAACUGGAAUGUCAAGUGAAGCACUUGGUGUAUCAGUUGCACCAUCAUUUUUUCAAAGUUGUGUUAGUGAUGGUAAAACUGCUAAAAUGGAAGAUGUCCUCAGGUUCAAGGCGGAAGUGUCAGUUGCAACAAGAGUCAUGAAAUUUAUGAUUGAUAAUUUUGGAAUAUCAAAUUUAUUUGGUCGUGAAAAUUAUGAAUUUUAUGCAAGAAUUACUGGAAGAAUACUUAAAGUUGAAAAUGACUGGAUAUUUAGUUUUCGUUAUCCACCAGAUAAUCUUGUAUCAAGACAUGUAUCAUUGGAGGCUGAAAAAACAUGGUUACAAUAUGAGUGUGAACGUUGGGGAUUAAAAGUAAAUCUAGAAUCAAUGUCACAUCAAGAAGAAUCACAAUCAACUCCAGCAUUAAUUCACGUACCCGAAGCAUUAGAUUUAACAUCAUCACUUGGUAUGAUACCUGAAAAUACACUUCUUGAAAGUUACACACGUCUUUCAGUGAGCCUUGAAGAAAAUGGUCUCUUUCAGUGUUUACAGGGAUCAAGUAGAUCAUCAAGUAAUUUGAGUCAUCAAUCACGAAUUGCUGCUAUGACAUUGGAUGAAUUACGAGCAGUUAAUCGUUAUGCAGAGAGCACGAAGAGUCUGAGUUAUUUGCCACAGGUACAUGAACGACAAACAGCAAGAAUGCGAACAAGAUCAGAGUGGUUUUUGACACCAGUUGGUGAAAGAUUGGCUGGUACAGAUAGUGAUCCAACAGCAAUUCAUAUUUUAAGAGGUUCAAAUCGUUCGUCUUCCGGUAAUAUUGCAACUGGUUUAAGUGCAAGUGCUGAAUCAGUAAAACGUCCAAGUCUACGUAGAACAGCAUCAAGAGAAAAAUCACGUUUACACAGAAGUUCAUCAAGAAGAAAUAAAGAAAAUGGUACAAAAUGUCGUACAACUGUUGAUACUGGUAAAUCACGUUCAUUAGAAGCUAUGAAAAUAAAACGUGUAUCACUUGAUAAAUCAAGUGAUAAAAUAAUACAAAAUACUGAACAAAUAUUACAUGAUGAUAAUGUUGAAAUAACAAAUGAUGUUGUUAAAGUACAACAAGAUUGUUCAGAUAUUGAUAAACAAACAUUUCAUGUUACAUUAACAUACAAACCGCGAAUAUGAUAAACAACAUUCAAACAUAAAUUUAUCAUCAAUUUAAAAUCUCAAUAACUUUUUUUUAAUUUUUUUUAUUUUAACAUGCAAAUUAAUUAUUUAUUUAAAUAAUUUAUAUAAAUUUUUAUUGAUGAUUAUUUAAAUUUACAAACCCAUUUAAUUCCCUCCAAAUAUCAAGACUUUAAUCAUCAACGAAAUUCGUAUAAUAACACUUUAAUCGUUGAGCUUUUAAACGAAAUAAAUAAACUAAAAAUUGAUAUUUAAUUUAUAAUACAAAAUGCAUGAAGUAGAUAAAUUUAUUAUUUAUUAAAAAAAAAAAAAAAAAAGACAUGACAAAACAGAUUAUAAAUUAUGAGCAACUUGACAAAUUUUAUAAAGCUCAUUCCAAUUUUUUUUUUAAGUUAAUUUUUUCGUUUUAAAAUUAAUUUAAAAUCAUUACUAAACUUAAUUCAUUCCAAUUUUUAAAAACUAACAAUAUGUAUUUAUUUUAAAAGCUCCAUAUUCAAUAACAAUAAUUAUUAUUAAUAAUAAUAUUAAUAAGCUUUUGCCAAUCACAUAAAUCAAGUAUUAAAAAUAUUUAAAUACUUUUUUUAAAAACUUUUUUAUUAUUUUUUCAAUUUAAUGAGACUAACUAGAUUUAAUUAUAUCCAUUGUUAAUCAUACUGGAUUACUGUGAUUAUCGCACACACUUUUAUCACUCCAUAAAAAUUUUUUUUUAGAAAAACCAAUGAACAUAAUUUUUUUUCAUCAUAAUAAUUGAUCAACUUUUUUUUUUUAUAAUAUUUUAAUGAUUAUUUCGUUUGAUUAUUGUAUGUCAAUUGUUGUUAGUUUAAUUAUAAUUAUUAUAUUAAACAAAGAGACAAAAAAAAAAAAAGAACAAAAAUUUGAUAUUAUAGUUUUAAAAAAUAGCCUAUUGUUGUAUUUUUUUUUGUUUUCUUAAAUUUAAGUUUUUUUAUUUUUAUUUUAAAAUGAUCUUAUUAAUGUUCAUUUAGAGUAAUUAAUAAAAAUAUUAUUUUAAGUAUUAUGCGCAUUGCUUGCACCAAAGAAAAUGUGUUAACUUGACGUUUAUAUUUUUUGAUAAUUAUCAUUUUUUUUUUCUUCUUUAAAUGAAUUUGAUGGAUUAUUUAAAAUGACUGGUUCAAUUAUUUUGAUAUUAUAAAUAAUUUAUAGCGCUUUGCAUAUCAUUAGAUAAAUUAGAUACUAUUAAUAAUGAUUGAUAUUAAAAAUUUAGAUAUUUUUUAAUAAUUUUUCAUUCACAAUAUUUCUGUGAUUUUUUUUUUUUUAUUAUUAUUUUAUUAUCUACAAUAAAACAAAGUUCGAUAUAUUUUUCUGGCUGUAUCGAAAGAGAAAUAAAACAAAGAAAUAAUAAAUGAAAUGAAAUUUUAAAAAACGACUAUUAUCAAAUGAUAUUUAUUUGAUAAAAUUAAAACUUAAGACUGGUUUAGAAACAAAAAAAAAAUCAUUUUGUCACUGGUACUGAUUGAGAAGACAAUAUUAUCAUAUUUUUUAUUUUGAAAAUUUAUUAUUUAAAUUAUAAAUUAAUAUCAAGAUGGAUUAUGAGCUUAAACAUGACAUGUGGUCCAAAGUUAAUGCCAAAGUUUCAGAUUGUUUAUCAAUUCAAUUUAUUUUUUUCAUGUUCAUAAAUAAACACACACAACUCACAACAUAUCGAAAUUAAUUUUCUCUUUUAUCUGGUAUACAACAAAUAAAUAAUGAAAUAAAAUUUUAAACAAAUUGUCAAAUUAUUUUGCUCAAUUGUUCAUCAAAUAAAUUGAAAAAAAAAUUAACAAUAAACAACAAUAAAUAAAAUUGAAACAAGCGAUUGUGCCAAAUAAAA